UCCCCCUCCACACGUACCCACAUCAGGAGCUCUCCUCGCCAGCCUCUCCCAGCCACCAUGUCCAGGCAGUCCACUCUCACCUUCCAGACAGGCAGCCGCAGGGGCUUCAGCAUGGCCUCAGCCACCACCCUAGCCACCAGCCACUCUCGCUUCAGCUCCGUCUCUGUGGCCCACUCCCCGGUGGGCAGUGGAGGGAUGGGAAGGAUCAGCGGUGCUGGGACCAGCUGUGGAAGCCUCAGCCUCUACAACCUGGGGGGGACCAAGCGGGUCUCCAUCAGUGGGUGCAGCAGCUUCCGAAGUGGCUUUGAUGGCAGGGCAAGCAGAGAGAUUGAGGUCAGUGGUGGGUUCGGCUAUGGGGGCAGAACUGGAGGGGGCUAUGGGGGCCCCGGCUUCUCCGUCUGUCCCCCUGGAGGCAUCCAAGAGGUCACCAUCAACCAUCUCCUGACUCCCCUCAACCUGCAAAUUGACCCCACCAUCCAGCGGGUACGGAAAGAAGAGCGGGAGCAGAUCCAGACCCUCAAUGACAAGUUUGCCUCUUCCAUUGACAAGAUGCGGUUCCUGGAGCAGCAGAAUGAGGUCCUGGAGACCAAAUGGAGCCUGCUGCAGGAGCAGGGCACCAAGACCGUGAGGCAGAGCCUGGAGCCCAUCUUCAACACCUACAUCAACCUCCAGUGGCAGUUGGACAGCGUCACCACCAAGAGGGGCAGGCUGGGUGCUGAGCUGAGAACCAUGCAGGAUGUCGGGGAAGAUCUCAAAGUCAGUGAUGCUGAGUUAACUGGCUCUGCAGGAACUGUCCCAAUGCAGACCCGGGUCAGCGACACAUCGGUGGUCCUGUCCAUGGACAACAACUGCAUCCUGGACCUGGAUGGCAUCAUCGCCAAGGUCAAAGCCCAGUACGAGGACAUCGCCAACCGCAGCCGGGCUGAUGUUGUGUCCUGGUACCAGACCAAGUACGAGGAGCUGCAGGUCACGGCAGGCCGGCCCGGCGAUGAUCUCCGCAACACCAAACGAGAGAUCUCUGAGACGGACCAGAUGAUCCAGAGGCUGAGAGCCGAGAUCGACAACGUCAAGAUGCAGCGCUGCAAACUGGAGUGCGCCAUGCCCGAGGCGGAGCAGCAGGGGGAGGCGGCCCUCAACGACGCCAAGUGCAAGCUGGCUGGGCUGGAGGAGGCCCUGCAGAAGACCAGGCAGGACAUGGCCUGCCUGCUCAAGGAGUUCCAGGAGGUGAUGAACUCCAAGCUGGGCCUGGACAUCGAGAUCGCCACCUACAGGCGCCUGCUGGAGGGCGAGGAGCACGGCUCAGUCAAGGAUGGGCACCAGGCUGCAGGAAGGUGUUGGGCCCGUGAAUAUCUCUGUGAACAGCUCCAAAGGCACAUCCUCUACGAGCCAAGUGUGGUCAGCACACCCGUGUACUGUCCAGGGGACACCAGCGUCCUCAAGAGCAGCGGGGGCUGCAGCAUCAUGGCCCCGCAUAGGGCAUCUCUUCUGUGCCAAGCCCUGCAUUAGAAGCUGGUGAUACAGAGGUGACUACAACAUGCUCGGAAACCUAGAGUGACUCUCAGCCUCACAGAGGAGUCAUGAGCAGUGACAGCCAGAGAGAAUGGAAACGACAAGGAAAAGCAACUUGUGAUUAUGCCAGGCAAGGAGAUCAGGGAGAAGCUCACAGAGAAGAUUACAAGGACAGGGUCUGAACGGACAAGGGUUACUGACGUAUGGGCAACAUAUUAAAAAGAACCCACCCACUUGCUUUUUCAUUCACUCAAUAUAAUAUUUAUCAAGCACCUGUCAUGGGUCAGACCACCCAGGGGCUGGUGUCUCUGUGGUGAACAAGGCAGCCCCAGCCAGGGCUGACCUACCAGGAGGGACAGUAGACACAGUUCCUAGAGCCCAUGGUAGGGACCAUAAACUGGUGCAGCCACUUUAGAAAACAGUCCAGCAGUUCUUCAAAAUGUUAAACACAGAGUUACCAUGUGACCCAGCAAUUCCACUCCUAGGUAGAUACCCAAGAGAAAUGAAAACAUGUCCACACAAAAACUCGUACGUGAAUGUUCAUGGCAUCACUAUUCACAAGAGCCAAGAGGUGGAAACAACCAAAAUGUCCAUCAGUGGAUGAAUGGAUAAUCAAAAUUUGGUCUCUCCAUACAAUGAAAUAUUAUUUGGCCAUAAAAAGGAGUGAAGUACUAAUACGUGCUCCAACAUGGAUGAACCUUGAAAACAUGAGGGAGAUAAAAGAAGCCAGACACAGAGACCACAUGUUCUAUGAUUCCAUUCAUAUGAAAUUCCAGAUUAGGGCAAU